UUUCUCCUGAUCCAAACAACAAACACAGAGAUCCCAUAUCCGGAAGAUAUAUACAUAUCUCUUAUUUAUAUAACUCAGUUUUACUCAGGAUCCACUGGACAGAACAUAGAAUUAUAAGAGCAGUAACGGUCAGUCUCUCACCACACCUGCAGCCUAAAUCAAAAUUUCACUCUUCUUACUGCUGCUCUGCUUAAUAAUAAUGUUCUCUCCACAGGAGAUUCUUCUUCAAGUGUCGUCCAUCCUUUUGACUUUUUUUUUUCAGGAAUCUAUGAUGAAUUUUUUUAAGUUAAGGUUAGUGUAAGUGUAGAUAGGAUUUGAGAAUUUGUUGUAGUUAAAGAUAUCCCAACCCCAAGAAAAAAAAAAAAAAAACGUAAACUUUGUAAAACCCAUUAGACUAAAAUCCAACACAAAAAACCAGAGAGACCUCUUAACGACAACAACCUCUCUGUACACAAGACAACAAACACUCUCUCUACAAAAACACCACUCUCUUCCCUUCUCUUCCUUCCUUCUUCUCUCUACUCUAAUUACUCUUAAUUCAAGAGAGAGAGAGAGAUAGAGAGAAAAAGCCAUGGAUGGGUAUGAAGCUACUAGGAUUGUACUCUCUAGAAUCCAAAGCUUAGACCCAGAAAACGCAUCAAAGAUCAUGGGUCUUCUCCUUCUUCAAGAUCACGGUGAAAAGGAGAUGAUAAGGCUAGCUUUUGGUCCCGAGACGCUUGUUCACUCUGUCAUACUGAAAGCCAAGAAAGAGUUAGGUCUCAUGAACGGUUCCAGGUCUCCCUGGAGUCAUCAAGACGAGUUAAUCAGCCCUAAGAACAACCGUGGCUCUUCUCUCAAUCCAGCUUCUUUGCCCUUUUACGCUAAUGGAGGAAGAUCUUCUAGGGAUUUAACCAGCGACUUCGAGCUUUUGGAUGAUGUUAACCCGAGAACUGAUUUUUUGGGCUCUGUGCAUGCGAGAAGCGGUAGCUGCGUUUUGGACGGUUUAGGCUACGCUGACUCUGACUUAGGGUUUGGAGGUGUGCCCUGUUCUUAUUUCGCUAGAGGCUUCUGCAAAAACGGAGCUAGCUGCAGAUUCGUACACAGUGAUGGAGGAGCUGAACUGGUUGGCUCUCCAAGCAGAAUCGAGCUUCUCAGGUCUAACUCGGUACCUCCAAGACUCGCUCACCACUUCAUGACUCGUUCUUCUCUUCCCUCUUUCUCUCCAAAAGGUGUAAACUUGCAGCAGAGCGAUGCUCAAAGAGCUGCUGCUGCUUUGAUGUUAGGAGAUGAACUGCAGAAGCUUGGAAGGUGGAGACCUGAAAGGAUUGAUCUUUCUGCUAUGGCUUGUCCAGCUUCGAGACAGAUCUAUCUGACAUUUCCUGCCGACAGUAGGUUCAGGGAGGAAGAUGUGUCCAAUUACUUCAGUACUUUUGGACCAGUUCAAGAUGUGAGGAUACCAUAUCAGCAAAAGAGGAUGUUUGGAUUUGUGACAUUUGUGUAUCCUGAGACUGUUAAGAGCAUUCUCGCCAAAGGGAACCCACACUUUGUGUGUGAUUCAAGAGUUCUUGUUAAGCCUUACAAGGAGAAAGGCAAAGUCCCUGACAAAUACAGAACUAACCAAACAACAGAUCGAGAUUUGUCCCCAACAGGCCUUGAUUCUAGCCCCAGGGAUGUUUUAGGAGGGAGAGCUUUUUAUAACAACACCCAAGAUGUGUUGUGGAGGAGUAAGUUUGAAGAAGAAAUUCUUGAGCUUCAGAGCAGAAGGCUGAUGAAUCUGCAGCUUCUUGAUGUCAAGAAGCAUUUCCAACUCAGUUCACCUACAAACAUGCAUUCACCGAACCCUUUCAGCCAGUCACUUAUAUCUCCACGCCCAUUGUCCGUGAUCAAGAGAGAACAUGAAGGAGGAGAGAAAGGGAAAGGAAGUUCCAAAGAAGGAUCUGAUGAUGAUACAAUGAAUCUACCAGAGAGGUUGGAGGAUAGCUUGCCAGACAGUCCGUUCGCGUCCCCCGCCCACCAUUUGCUUCUGUUUGCUGAUUCUGCAGACAAUAAUGGAUCAGAUUUAUGGUCACCUUCUUCUGAUAAUGACGAUAAUUCUACUCCUUCCACACUCUCUGAGUCCUUCAACUCUUUCAACUGCCAAAUGCCAAGGUUACAGCCGAUUGGUAUGUUACCCGGUAGGGGUGGACCGACCUGUCGUGUUGGGAUAUAAACAAACAGGAAGAGAAAAACAGAGGGAAGUUAUAAGACUGAUAAUAUAGAGACUCCUAAUAACCAAAAAAGAUGCAGAGGUGUAAAAAAUAAUGCAGGAAAUUUGAUGUAAGAGAUAGAAGAAGAGAAAGAAGGAAGAUUGUUGUACCAUUUCUCUAGUUUUAAUGUGUAAUGUGAUGGACCACACAAGAUGAUGUAAUAUGAUAUGAUAUGAUAUAUAUAUAUAUAAAUAUAUAGGACAAGAAGUGUAAUCUCUCUAAAGAUAUACAAAAGAAAGAGAGAUUAUGAUU